AACAAAAUUGUGAUAUGAUUUUUAUCCAUAUCGCCCACCCCCAACUGCCAAGACAGGUCUAGUGUUAACUCGGCUUUUACGUCAUGAAACUGGUUUAUAGUUUAGCAAGAGGGCUACAUUUAUCUAAUCUCUGUUUUGAAGCCACAGCAAGGGUUUGAGCUCUCUUUUGGUUUGAUGUUUACAAGAUUCUUUUCUUUUUGCUGGUCUGUAGUGGGUCUUCAUAGCUCCACUGUUCUUCUGGGCCAUUUUUGGUGGUGCCGCCUGCUUCUAAAAACAGCCUGUGAACCACCAGGGAGGAAUGGCGUGGUUAAAGUUGACCUCUGCUCGCCAAGGUCUGCUGUGAAAAUGAAGCUAAACAUGCUGUGUUGGUGGUAAAUAUUCUCAGACUUCUGCUGUCGAUGCCGUGUUUAUUGUUGUGGUAGUGUGGAGGUUUAGCCACCAGCCUCUGCAAAUCAUUGGAGGAAUGUUCAUGUGUCUUUGACUUUUAGCCUAUGCUGGAUUAAGGAUUACUGAAAAAACAUCUUAAAUCAUCCCAAUAUCUAAGCAGUCCUGGGUAAGUAAAGGUAUUGUAAAGGGAGAAAGGGAAGGGGCAGACCGAAAUACUUUAACAUCAGUUUACUUGUAGAUGAAAUCAUUGUAGUUUGUGACAGGAACUAUAUUAAAAUUGUGGUCUGAUGUCCUGAUAGAGUUAGGGUUGUCACGGUAACCGGUGUAGCGGUAAACCCCGGUAAAAAAGUUGACAAUAAUAAUAACCUUCUUGUUUUUAAAAGAACUAUAUUAUCUCGGUGGACUACCGUGGCUGCGGUGUAGGCGCGGUGACCCUUACCAGCCACCGUAUCAUCUGCUGAAGUUGCCAGCGGCACAUACGCGCUUUGUUGUUUACGAGCAAAACUUUCUUGAAGCUAAAGCUGAAAUAAUGGCCAAAGGAGGAGACGGCAGCGCUCAGGACAUUUUUUAUGCCUCAAAGAAGACAAAGUUGGAAGUACGGGCAUCUUUUGGAUAUUUGAAGAAUGCCGAGGGACAGUUGAUAGAAGACGGCUGUCCUGUUUGCAGCACGUGCAGAAAAAGUGUCUGUGAAAGGCAGCAACGCUUCAAAUCUCAAGACACAUCUGCGUGACCAUCACCCACAACUCUACGGUCAACGCAAGGCAAGCUAACGUUAGCGUUUUAGCUAAAAUGCGUGAUCCGAGGAUUUGGGUUGAGGGAGAAUGCAACGAGUCGAUAUAUAAAGCAGCCGCAGUGCAUAUAAACCGUGUCGCGGACACCCCCAUGUUGAAAUGACGCUAUGCAUUACGGGGCUCCCAGCGGCAGAUAAGAGUUGGUCUCUCUCCGAGAAUAAUUAUAAAUUUAUGACAUUUUCCCAAAUCUGCAAAGCUCACUGGAAGGACACAAACCGAGGACAAUAUUUUCCUGAUAUAGGGUUUAUUACUCAAGGGUAUAAAAGUAUCUGAUUAGAAGGCUACUUGAGUACUGAGUAUCAUCUGAUCUAAUAUUUUUUUAAAUGAUAUCAAACAGACAAAAAAUAAGAAGUUAUGGGCAAAUAUUGGUAUUUUAAAGACUAAAGGGAAACAAUGUAAACAAAUAAACAACACAAUUACAAAAUAACACAUUUUAGGCAACAUUUAGACACAAACUGAGGACAAUAUUUCCUGACAUACAGGGUUUAUUUAAUUGUGUGAAAAUGUAGCACGUUUAAAAAAAAUACCGCAAUAAUACCGAAAACCGUGGUAAUUUUGGUCACAAUAACCGUGAGGUUAAAUUUUCACACUGUGACAACCCUAGAUAGAGUAUAAUCAUUUUAUUAAUCUAACCCCCACUAAUUACAGCACAAAUACUGAUGACUUACAUUAUAUCCAAAAUCUUACUCUUCAUUUGAGAUCAUUGUUAUGACUUUUUGUCUAGAAAUAUGAUGAUUAUGAUGAAACAUGAGUUUUAAAUAAUCUAAUAUGUGGUCAGAUAACUUAGCCUUGCUCCAUUAAAGAACAAAUAACACCUCCUUUGUCCUCCAGAACCUGCAGCUCAGUGAAAUCCCCACAUCAUCUCACCAUUAAAAGAAAGACAGGCAAAUAAAACAAAAGAUGUUAAUGGGUGGAACAAACUUUAUUUAAGAGUUUGGUUUUCUAACCUACGUGUAAACUGGGAUAUAUCGACACAUCAUAACGACAGUAAACAAACCGGUAUUUGGCACCAACCUAACCAGAAGUGCUACUAAGUGCUUUAAAUCUUUGUACACUUUUCCAUAAUGUACACAUCAAUUUAGAUCAGAUAUUUUAAUAAUUAAAACAAACAAUCUCGGAGGUGAACUACAUUUGAAUCUUUUUGGAAAAUCCUCUUCUCUUCAUCUUUCUUUCUCCGUCUCUCCAAAUGCUGAAUAAGUUUUCCCCCCAAGGAGUUUUGACUGAUUAACAGGCAUUUUGAUGCAGAUUUUCUGUGUGAUCAAGCUGUUUCCUGCGCUUCAGUAAAGGAAGAACAGACUCAGCAUACACUCGACUCCCUUAGUUAGCUUAUAGCUCUAUUGUAGGCUGUUAAAACAACUGCUAUAAUGUCUACAUAAACAUGUACACACAAUGCAUGCUUCUACAACCUAUUGUCUAUAAAAUUACACUUAAUUAAAUAAACGUUUGACCAGGAUUAUUGGCUUUAGUCGUCAUUGGCAGUGAAAGGUUGGAUUUAAAAUGACAACUUUAGUCAUCAAUGGGAGUGAAUGAGUUAAUAGUUACCGAUUUACAUCCAGUUCUUUUGGAGCAUGUUUAAAAAAUGGCAGAGCUGUAGUGCAUGUGUGAAAAUAUUUCUGGUCUACUUAGAAAGUGAUCAGAUAAAAGUGGAGAAAGAACAUCAGAGUAAAAGGCAGCUCUAUUUUUAACACGUGGAUGGGGCCGUGGACACUUUGGCCUUUUCCAAAGGCUGUGGCUUAGCCUCCACUGCUUUUACUCAGCUGCUUUGGGAAUACACAAUGUGGCUGCUGUUCUAUAUAAAUGUGUUUUGACUGCAGAAGAGAUUCUAUUCCUGCCUAAGUGUUAUGGAUUUUCUGACUAAACAGAAUAAAAGUCUGUUCCAGGCCCAAACCUCUCCAGGAAUGUGCUUUUAGCCUCCACCACACACAAGAGGAAUGCUGGCCAACUGGAAGACAACAUAUGGAGCAGCAUAUGGAUCUGAGGCUGAUCCUGAUGACAUUUGGACUCUUCUUUUGCUGCCAUGCUAGUAAAGAGGGGAAUGAGUGCAUCAACGCCAACGCCAAAUACUGCGGAGAGUGCAUCCAGGCGGGAGCCAAAUGUGGUUGGUGCACAGACCCAAACUUCCUGAAACAAGGUGAGACCGUGUCGAGCCGUUGUGAUGAAGUGGAGUCUCUGAUCAAAAGGGGCUGUAACUUGACGCUGAUCGAGAACCCUGUUGGAAAACAAAGGGUCCUCAAGAACAUUCCGGUCACGAAUCGCGGAAAAAACAAAAAAUUGAAGCCAGAGGAAAUCACUCAGAUCCAGCCCCAAAAACUAGACAUCACACUCCGAUCUGGUGAGCCUCAGUCCUUUAACUUGACCUUCAAGCGGGCAGAAGAUUAUCCCAUCGACCUGUACUAUUUGAUGGACUUGUCCUACUCCAUGAAGGAUGAUUUGGAGAAUGUUAAGAACCUGGGAACAAGCCUGAUGCUGGAGAUGACGAAGAUCACCUCUGACUUCAGGAUAGGUUUUGGAUCAUUUGUGGAGAAGACCGUCAUGCCCUACAUAAGCACCACCCCAGCCAAGCUGCUGAACCCAUGCACAGGCGACCAAACCUGCACCAGCCCAUUCAGCUACAAGAACGUGCUGAAACUGACCAGUAACGGCUCGUUGUUCAACACCCUGGUGGGUCAGCAGCACAUCUCUGGAAACCUGGACUCCCCCGAGGGCGGUUUUGACGCCAUCAUGCAAGUGGCUGUGUGCGGGGAUCAGAUUGGCUGGAGGAAUGUGACUCGACUGCUCGUGUUCUCCACUGAUGCUGGCUUCCACUUUGCUGGUGAUGGCAAACUGGGUGGGAUUGUUCUGCCCAACGAUGGAAAGUGUCACUUGGAGAACAAUAUUUACACGAUGAGCCACUAUUACGACUACCCGUCUAUCGCUCACCUUGUCCAGAAGUUGAGCGACAACAACAUUCAAACGAUCUUUGCAGUCACUGAAGAGUUCCAGCCUGUCUACCAGGAGCUGAAAAAUCUGAUCCCCAAGUCUGCAGUCGGCACGCUUUCUGCCAACUCCAGCAAUGUCAUCAACCUGAUUGUAGAUGCUUACAAUUCUCUAUCAUCAGAGGUGAUUCUGGAGAACAGCAAGCUCCCAGACGGGGUGACUAUAGCAUACACGGCUCACUGUAAGAACGGCGUGGUUAAUGAGGGUGAAAACGGCAGAAAGUGUUCCAACAUCUCCAUCGGAGAUGAGGUCAAGUUUAGCAUCAGCAUCACAUCUAAGGGCUGUCCAACCAAAACCAAGCUCAAACCCAUUAAGAUCAAACCUCUGGGAUUCACAGAAGAGUUGGAGAUUCAUCUAAACUUCAUCUGUGAGUGUGAAUGCCACAAAAAGGGCAUCAAGGACAGUCCAGAUUGUCAUUUUGGUAAUGGGACCUACGAGUGUGGAGCCUGCCGGUGUAACGAGGGUCGCGUGGGCAGGAACUGCGAGUGUAGCAGCAAUGAAAUAUCCACGGAGGACAUGGACCUGGCCUGCCGUAACAAGAACAGCACCGACAUCUGCAGCAACAACGGAGAGUGUGUGUGUGGGAAGUGUGAGUGCAAGACGAGGGAGAACCCAAACGAGAGGUACAGCGGCAAGUACUGCGAGUGUGACAACUUCAACUGUGAUCGCUCCGGAAACUUGCUCUGCGGAGGACACGGACGCUGUGAGUGUGGAAAGUGUGUCUGUGAUCCCAUGUGGAGCGAAAGCGCCUGUGACUGUUCUCUGGACAAAAGCACGUGUUUGGCCAGCAACAAGCAGGAAUGCAACGGCAGAGGGACCUGUAAAUGUGGCAGCUGCAAGUGCACAGACCCCAAAUUCCAGGGUCCCACGUGUGAAACGUGUCCCACCUGCCCAGGAGUCUGCGCCGAGCACAAAGAGUGCGUCGAGUGCAAAGCGUUCGGCACCGGCGAGAAGAAGGACACGUGUCAACAGGAAUGCAGUGACUUCAAUCUGAUUGAGGUGAAGAGCAGAGACAAGCUGCCCCAGCCCCACGAAACCCCCUACCCCGUCAUGCACUGCAAGGAGAGGGACGCCAACGACUGCUGGUUCUACUACACCUACGCAGUCAAGAACAAGACAGAGAAGGUGGUCCAUGUGGUGGAGAAGCCGGAGUGCCCCACUGGGCCCGACAUCGUCCCUAUCGUGAUCGGCGUGGUGGUCGGCAUCGUCUUGAUCGGCUUGGCCCUGCUGUUCAUCUGGAAGCUGCUGAUGAUCAUCCACGACAGGAGGGAGUUUGCCAAAUUUGAGAAGGAGAAGAUGAACGCCAAAUGGGAUACAGGUGAAAAUCCCAUCUACAAAAGCGCCGUCACAACUGUUGUCAAUCCCAAAUACGAAGGCAAAUGAAAACCUCGAACUCUGAUAUGAAUCAGCUGCAGUAUUCCACGCUGGUCUGGCUCUUACGCGGGAGCGCUCAAUCAAGGAUGUGUGUUUGUCUCGUUGCUUUGCCACAAAACGUUUGGACACCAUGUCUGUUAUUUUUACUAACCCUUCUGAUGUAUACCCACACGGAUUUCAGGUGUACAGUCUGUGUAUAUACUUUAUGUUGCACGUUUGCAGAAAUGUAUAAAUGGUGUUUUUAUUUGCUGCCGGUGGACUGGUAAGGCCAGAGAGGCUUUGUUAUCACACGCAGGCCUUAUAACUUCUGAAUCCGCAAAGACUAGCUGCAAUAUUUAUGUUUAAUGGGAUAUGUUGGCCUUUUUGAAGUGUGAUUUUGUUCUGGUAAAAAUUAGAAAUAAGCUUUAUAUUCUAAUAGAAUGGCUCUCCAUAACUUGCAAGAUAGUAAUUGUUUGUACUUUUACACAGAAACACCAUGCAAAUGGCCAAAAAUCCCAUUAAAUGUGUGUCACUUGUGUUUUUUUCUGUAAUGUUUAACUGUGUAUUUAUAGAAAUGAAGCUCAGUAUAGAAACCAGCAGUGGUUGUGUUUGUAGCUAUGGCUUUGGUAACAGGACCUAGCUGUUUUUAUUGACUUUUCAACCCACAAUGAAGAUAUUGGUAUUAUUUAUAUACCUGUAGCGUUAUAAAAGGGACUGAGCAGCACUCGUUAUGAAGGUGCAGUAAUAAUGAACAACCCAAAGUUUCACAGGUCUGGUUUCUGCAGUUAUUUUUAAUCCUUAGGUCUCUGCCUCAAUGUCACCAAAACGAUCUGUUCCUAGAGUUGUUUAUUUGUUUUGUUUCUCACACUGUUGCUCACACACACUCAAAAGUUGCUUGUAAAGUGACCUUUUUGUUUCUGUGCCAUGCUGUCUCCAUGUCCUUUUCAUGAGAUAUGUUUUUUAAAACAAAACUUAAACCGUGUUUUCCUCUGUGAUGCUCUACAACUGUCUUCUUCUUCUUUCAAUAAUGAUACCAAACGAGAGGAGGUAACAGUGGCUUUAUGGGAAACUAGGCAUACUACAAAACAUGAAAGUAUAGAUGUUAAUGACAGUUUUAUUAUUCUAUAGUGUUUUAUAGACAAAGAUUAAGUCAUUCAGUCGCUUUUGGUUUUGCAAACAGAUAAAAGAGUUAAAUCAGGGAUGUUACAACAGAUUAUAAAGAGACUAAAUGAGUUCUGGAUCAAAAAUAAACUAUUUAAAUCUUG